UGCAUUGGGUACAAGUUUCUAUACUAAAACACUUGAUUCCAAAACAAUUAGUGAGAGAUUAUGGCUGACAAGGUUAAGGAAACAUAACCAUCUGAGAUCAAGAUGAGAAUUCCCCUCAACAUUUUCUUUAAGGAUGCAAGAACUUGUUGGUUCCAACUGUUUUGACACACACAAUUCAAUUCCCAAUUUUCUUUUCCAUAGAGUGGCAAUUUCUUCUAAGCAAAAUCCUCAAGAGAACAGACUUGUUUUCAAAAUGGAUGAGCUCGGUUUAGAUAUAACAAGCAUUGCACUCCCUGCAGCAAUGGCUUUGACAGCCGACCCAAUUGCAUCUCUGGUUGACACUGCAUUCAUUGGCCAAAUAGGUUCGGUGGAACUUGCUGCUGUGGGAGUUUCCAUUGCUGUGUUCAAUCAAGCAUCAAGGAUUGUGAUAUUUCCACUUGUUAGUGUCACAACAUCUUUUGUUGCCGAGGAAGAUACUCUUGCAACAGCAAGUCCUGAGGUAAAAGAGAUUGAAAACUUGGAAAUGGGCUUAGCUGCAAAUAGCGAAAACAAAAAGUUGAUUCCUCAGACUGAUCUGGUAGAAAAUACAUACAAGUCAGAACCACUUACUGAUACAGUUAAAUCCGGAAAUGGAAAAAGGAAAAUUCCAUCAGCUUCAUCAGCGCUCUUUAUUGGCAGCAUCCUUGGACUUGUCCAAACCAUUUUUUUAAUUUUAGCAGCAAAACCACUGUUAAAUUUUAUGGGAGUCAAAUCUGACUCCCCUAUGCUACAACCUGCACAACAAUACUUGACAUUAAGGUCUCUAGGUGCUCCAGCUGUCCUCCUUUCAUUGGCCAUGCAAGGAGUCUUUCGUGGAUUCAAGGACACAAAAACUCCUUUAUAUGCCACCGUGGCUGGAGAUGCGAUGAAUAUAAUUCUGGACCCAAUAUUUAUAUUCGUUUUCCGUCUAGGUAUCAGUGGUGCAGCCAUUGCUCAUGUUAUAUCUCAGUACCUAAUUUCAAUUAUACUUUUAUGGAGAUUAUGGCAACAAGUCGAUCUUUUACCUCUUAGUUUCAAACAUAUGCAAUUCAGUCGAUUUCUUAAAAAUGGUUUUCUAUUACUAAUGAGGGUCAUAGCUGUGACAUUCUGCGUGACCCUAGCGGCCUCAAUGGCUGCACGUCAGGGAGCGACAUCAAUGGCCGCCUUUCAAGUGUGUUUGCAAGUUUGGCUAGCUACAUCUCUUCUUGCUGAUGGAUUGGCCGUUGCGGGUCAGGCUAUACUUGCAAGUGCAUUUGCUAAAAAAGACUAUGAACAAGCCAGAGCAACUGCAUCCCGAGUAUUGCAGUUGGGAUUGGUUCUUGGUUUUGUGCUGGCCCUUAUCCUGGGAGUUGGAUUGCAGUUUGGGGCCAAACUAUUUACCAAUGACGUCAAUGUCCUCCACCUCAUCAGCGUUGGCAUCCCGUUUGUUGCAGCUACUCAACCAAUUAAUGCCUUGGCCUUUGUUUUCGAUGGUGUCAAUUUUGGAGCAUCCGAUUUUGCUUAUUCUGCAUACUCUAUGGUUAUGGUGGCUAUAGUCAGUAUCUUAAUUCUGUUUGUUCUUUCCUGGUCUCAUGGAUUCAUUGGAAUCUGGGUUGCUCUCACCAUCUAUAUGAGUCUCAGAGCAUUUGCUGGUUUUUGGAGUAAUUCUAUGUUUCGAUGCUUUUUUGCAGGAUAGGGACUGGAACAGGACCUUGGGGAUUUCUAAUGAACUGAAUAUUGAUAGCUUUUUUAGGAUUUCCAAUGGUUUUACACAGAACUAGGAGUAACUUGUUGCCAUGGUUUUCUUUUCAUGGAAACUAAUUCUCUCAGCUUAAGCAAAUUUCUAACUGUGUUGUUUGUUAGUUUGUUGAUUGGUUGCUUGAAAUAUUCACCUUUGUAGGUUUCUUUUGUACAAAAACAUUUGAGAACUGUUUCUGAUAUUCAUGAGAGACAUAGAGAAAGAUAUAUAUAUAUAUAUAUAUAUAGAGCAACUUCAGUUUCA